AUGGCUUCCAAUAGAGACAGUAAAGAUAAUUAUCAAUUAUCUCCUUUAUCUUCUCCUCCAUCAUCUCCGCCUCAAAUAAUCUUCACGUCGCCAUCAUUCACACCGAGAUUUGGUCGAAGAGACUCAAUUACGGCAGAUGAUGGAUCACGUCUCCAUCGAAGGCUUCACAGGCCUAUACAUACCAAAGGAAAUGCUAAUGAUAGACAUAUUCGAGUACAAGAACCAGAAGGCAGUCAGACAAGAUCACCAGCUGCCAGUAUAUAUAUGGGAUCAUAUACACCACGACGAUCAAGAUCACUUGCUAGUUCAAGACCAAAUUCGGUCAAAAGUCCUCCAACAUCAAAUCCAGCUUCACCAAGAAGCAGUUUCAGUUUUAGUCAAAAUCACAUGAGUCAUUUAUCCGACCUUCUACAAGAUUAUAAUUUAGAUCUCGAAACUUAUGGUGUCGAAGAAAUGAGAGAUGGAUUCUUUGAUGCUGCAUUCUUCAAGCCACCGAAGACAACUCAUGAAGAACUCAUGAAAGAUGCAAAAUUUACAUUACCAGCAGCAUUCAAGAAGAAGCAUCCAUUGUCAUUGAAACAUUUCUUCCCGAGACAAUGGCGUGGAAUUAAGGAAAUAUCUAGACAAUUGGUGACCACACGAGCUGGCAUUAAGCUUAUCAAGUCAUUUCUACCUUUCUUCAUCUCUUACAUCUUAUGUUUAGUCCCUGUCAUCAGAAACUGGCUUGGCCGUUACAAUUAUAUUAUGGUUAUAUCCGCAAUCAUCAAUCAUUCAGGACGAAGUAUCGGCGCUCAGAUUGAUGGUACUAUAUUAACAAUUCUUGGAACUGCAGGAGGACUUGGGUGGGGAGCCUUUGCACUAUGGUUAUCAGAUUCCACAUCUGUUGCCAGAAGAGGAUAUGGAGGAAUUCUGGCAGCUUUCCUCGUUAUCUUCAUGGGGUUCAUCGCGGCAAUUCGUUCAUAUUACAUCAGAUUGUAUCAGUUGGUCUUGUGUGCCGGCAUGGCGGUUCUUUAUACCUGUCUUGCCGAUACUUCCCAGACUAUCGCUUGGAAGGUGCUCUUCGAAUAUGGCAUACCAUGGUUGCUUGGACAGGCUAUUGCUCUCCUGGUGUGUUGUAUUGUAGUUCCUGAUGCCGGCGCAAGAUCAUUGGCUGUGAGCUUACACAAUGCUUUCGAUAUUAUGCAAAAAGGACUUCAACUCCCCCAAUCAGAACCCGUAACCACACAUAGGCAAUUGGCAUUCACUUUUGUCAAUCUCUCACAAGCGUACAGAGAUUUGGUUCUUGAUAUUUCUAUUACCCGCUUCAAACCCUCGGAUGUUAUGGCAUUGCGAAAUCUCAUGCAAGCAGUGAUCAGAUCUUUACUAUCUCUCCGAAUGGAAUCGCAUUUAUUCAAUGACAGCGAUAAGGAGGAAGAUUCCGACCUACCUCUGUCACCAGCUAUAUCAGUCCUCAGCAUUCGACGAUUUCAAUCUCCUUCGGUGAUUAAUAUUGAUGGUCCACGACGCCCAAAACUUCAACGAUCGAAUACUGAGGAUCGAGCAGUAGAGUUGGUAGCCAGUAAACUUGCAGAACCUACGUCGAAUUUGUUGAUAUGCUUGAAAACGGCUUUACAGAGAUGCGAUGCCGUUUUGAUGGAGAUGUCUGGAUACAGGGUAUUUCUCGGACCUCCCAAAGAUGUUUCUUCUGAUAUUGUGGGUGCGAUAACAAGUAUUAGAAAGGCCAAGAUCAAAUAUGACGAGGAAGAAGAGCAAUUACUCCGAAAUCCAAAUCUACCUCCAACAUAUUCUAACCACCCGGAAGUUGUCGAGAUAUUCCUAUUUGUUCAUCCUAUCAGGCAAGCGGCAAACAGCGCCGAAGCUCUUCUCAUUAAAGUGAACGAAAUGCAACAAAGACGUCCUGGUUGGCGACUCUACCUACCAUCUUAUCCAUUUGGUAAAGCUCUUCAACGUACAAAUGGACAGGUACGACAUGACCGAGGAGGUGUAACGGCAGGUUUCUUUUUCCGAAGUCAAAGAGAACUUGCCAGAAUAAUGAAAGGAAUGGCAAAUGUUUACAAACCUACUCCUCGCAAGGAAAGGGGUACAGAAGGAGAAGAAAAUUAUGAUGACCUUGAGCCUACCGAUACUAGAGGGGCGUAUGCGGAGGAGGAAGAAAUUGCGAUGGAUAGGAAUUCACUGGCUUCCAAACAAAAACGCCUGAGAUACAAAACUUGGAAAGUUCUUCAUCGUUUACAAGGCUUCGAGAUUAGAUUUGCGUUCAAAGUAGCGAUAGUAACUUCUCUUUUGUCAGUACCAGCAUGGUUGAAUCAGAGUAGAGACUGGUGGAACAAAUAUGAAAGUUGGUGGGCGGUUAUAAUGGUCUGGAUAAUGAUGCAUCCAAGGGUGGGUGGAAACAUCCAGGACUUAGUAACUCGAGCUUUUUGUGCCAUACUUGGUGCUGUGUGGGGAGGUAUAGCUUACGGUGCUGAUAAUGGAAAUCCAUACGUUAUGGCUGUAUUUGCUGCUAUAUUUAUGAUUCCGAUGAUAUACCGGUUUACCCAAAGCCCUCACCCUCGAUCAGGCAUUGUAGGUUGCAUCUCGUUUGUGGUAGUGUCAUUAGGUGCAUAUACAGCUCCCGAAAAUGCCUCAGUCAUCACUGUGGCUUGGACUCGUGGAGUUGCUUUCGUGGUUGGUAUUGUAGCUGCUGUGGUUGUGAAUUGGUUCCUUUGGCCAUUUGUCGCGAGGCAUGAAUUGAGGAAGGCGUUGUCGUCAAUGCUCAUUUACUCCAGUAUUAUAUAUCGAGGUGUGGUGGCAAAAUAUGUUUAUUACGAAGAUGGAGAAGAGCCAGGUGUGAAAGAUAUGCAACAAUCUGAAAUGCUGGAAGGUCGUCUGAGAGAAGGAUUUGUUAGAUUACGACAACUAUUGGCACUCACUCGUCACGAAAUCCGCCUUCGUGGUCCUUUUAACCCACUUCCCUAUUCAGCAUUAAUCGAUAGCUGCGAACGGUUCUUCGAGUAUCUUAUUUCCGUACGACAGUCCUCACUAUUCUUCCAUCCACACUAUCUUUCCGAGAACCAGGAGGCGUCUGAAUCACUACUUGCCUUUCGACGUGAUGCGGUCGCUUGCGUCCUCAUGAACUUGUAUGUAUUGGCUGGGGCAUUGCGAGGUGAUAGAAAAGUUCCUCGAUAUCUCCCAUCCGCAGCAUCCGCUCGAAAGCGCCUAUUAGAUCACAUGGCUCACCUUGAAUCUAUGAAUGCUCUUGCGAAAUCUAGCGGUGUAUCUGUGAAGUCGAAGAGGAGAAAAAGGAAAGGCAAAUGCAAGGAAAAUGAUGAUUCGAACGAGACGGUAGAUAAUUUACCUGGAGGAAGAAAAUGGUCGCAAAUCUAUAGUUACAGUUACAGUCAAUCACUCACGGGGUGUGUAGCACAACUAGAACAACUAUGUAGAUACACCAAGGCAAUUGUUGGUGAGCAAGGCUUCGACCCCAUACUCGAAGACGAAUACGAAGAUCUCACUCGCGAUCGAGUGAGUGCUCAUGGCUUUCUCGAUGGCCAGAUUACACCAUGUACUACCCGAGGUUGA